CCGACAGGUCUCUUCCUCUUCCUGUGCUGAUUAGCGAUGGCGGCCGUGAAGACCCUGAACCCCAAGGCCGAGGUGGCUCGAGCCCAGGCGGCGCUGGUGGUGAACAUCAGCGCGGCCCGGGGCCUGCAGGAUGUGCUGAGGACCAACUUGGGGCCCAAAGGCACCAUGAAGAUGCUCGUUUCGGGAGCUGGAGACAUCAAGCUCUCUAAAGAUGGCAAUGUGCUGCUUCAUGAAAUGCAAAUUCAGCACCCAACAGCCUCCUUAAUAGCCAAAGUAGCGACAGCCCAGGAUGACAUAACUGGUGAUGGUACCACUUCCAAUGUCCUAAUCAUUGGCAAGCUACUGAAGCAGGCGGAUCUCUACAUUUCUGAAGGUCUUCAUCCCAGAAUAAUAACAGAAGGAUUUGAAGCUGCAAAGGAAAAAGCACUUCAGUUUUUGGAACAAGUCAAAGUAAGCAAAGAAAUGGACAGGGAAACACUUAUAGAUGUGGCCAAAACAUCUCUGCGUACUAAAGUGCAUGCUGAACUUGCUGAUGUCUUAACAGAGGCUGUGGUGGACGCCAUUUUGGCCAUUAAAAAACAGGAUGAACCUAUCGACCUCUUCAUGGUUGAAAUCAUGGAGAUGAAACAUAAAUCUGAAACUGAUACAAGCUUAAUCAGAGGUCUUAUUUUGGACCAUGGGGCACGGCAUCCUGAUAUGAAAAAAAGAGUAGAAGAUGCAUACAUCCUCACAUGCAAUGUGUCAUUAGAAUAUGAAAAAACAGAGGUGAAUUCUGGCUUUUUUUACAAGAGUGCGGAAGAGAGAGAGAAGCUUGUAAAGGCUGAAAGAAAAUUCAUUGAAGAUAGAGUUAAAAAUAUAAUAGAAUUGAAAAAGAAAGUUUGUGGUGAUUCAGAUAAAGGAUUCGUUGUUAUUAAUCAAAAGGGAAUUGACCCCUUUUCCUUAGAUGCUCUUGCAAAAGAAGGUAUAGUAGCUCUGCGUAGAGCUAAAAGGAGAAAUAUGGAAAGGCUGACUCUUGCUUGUGGUGGAGUGGCUCUAAAUUCCUUUGAUGACCUAAGUCCUGAUUGUUUGGGACAUGCAGGACUUGUCUAUGAAUAUACAUUGGGAGAAGAGAAGUUCACUUUUAUUGAGAAAUGUAACAAUCCUCGCUCUGUCACAUUAUUGAUCAAAGGACCAAAUAAGCACACACUCACACAAAUCAAAGAUGCAAUAAGAGAUGGCUUGAGGGCUGUUAAAAAUGCUCUUGAUGAUGGCUGUGUAGUUCCAGGAGCAGGUGCAGUGGAAGUGGCAAUGGCAGAAGCCUUGAUUAAGUACAAGCCCAGUGUAAAGGGCAGGGCCCAGCUGGGAGUUCAAGCAUUUGCUGAUGCAUUGCUCAUUAUUCCCAAGGUACUUGCUCAGAAUUCUGGUUUUGACCUUCAGGAAACACUAGUUAAAGUUCAAGCAGAACAUUCAAAAUCAGGUCAAUUUGUCGGUGUGGACCUGAACACAAGUGAGCCAAUGGUAGCAGCCGAAGUAGGCAUAUGGGAUAACUAUUGUGUAAAGAAACAGCUGCUUCACUCCUGCACUGUGAUUGCCACCAACAUUCUCCUGGUUGAUGAGAUCAUGCGAGCUGGAAUGUCUUCUCUAAAAGGUUGAAUUUGAAGCUUCCUUCAUGUCAUCCGAAUCAUGAAGACUAUAGAGUGAUCCUAAGAAUAUAGCAACAGAAUUUUUGUCCAAGCUUCAAACAAUUUUCAAGAGCAUUUUCUUUUCCCAUAUGAAAAAAAACACUGACACUUAAAUUCUGAAGUUCUGAAAUUAGAGUAUUUUUUUUAAUUGCACUGCAGUGUACACCCAUCAAGCAGGCCGUUUUUACCCAAUGAGAAGGAUGUUUGCUUUAGCUUCAGUGAUACAAAAGUCCCAUGUUAGUUAAGUAUAUGUUAUCUACCUUGUUAUUAAAUGUAACUUGAA